AUGAUGAUGAACAACCCUCCUUUUGAUAACUCCCUCACCAUAAUUGCUCUCCCUCGCGAGAUUCAAGUUUCUGUACUUACCUACUUGCGAGCCUACGAUCUCACCACAGUUCAGCAAAGUUGUCGAUUCUACAAUGACCCAGAUUUGAUUCAUAAAGUUGUGACCUUCACUGCUCAACAUGUCUAUGGUCAGGAAGAGACGGGCAUCUCGUCCAACAAUUCCGGCACCACUAUUCCUGGCGUUCGCAACGGAAAGUAUACCUUGGGAAGCCUUCGAACCCUGGAACUUACUGUUGUAGCAAGAGCCCUCUCUUCAGCUGAACCGAAGGCAGGAUUUUAUGUUUCUAAAGCUUGGGUCAAGAAGACCUUAUUGUGGUUGGAAAAGAUGAACGAACCUGCUCCGACCAAAAAGCUCAGCAAGAAGCAGCAGCGUCAACGUGCUCGUCGAUUGUCUGACGUCCAUCCACCGUGGCCCGAUGUCAACGGGGAUUUGCUUUGCCCACACGAAAACUUGCAACGAUGCAAUGCCAAGUCAGCCAGGGCUCGCCGUCGUCUCAUGGACAAGCAAGCCUGGAAGAUUUUGCGCAAGCUCUAUCCCGACUCUACCCAAUUGGAAAGUGGGAAUGGAGAAUGCCUGCAGUGUCUAAUGGAAAAGGAAACUGCUAAAAAGUCUGAAGAGGAUGCAGCUGAAAAGGCAAAAUUGGAACGCAAAGAGCCUCUCUCCAACAAGCAUGUCCGACGGGUCUACACGAGGACAAGAGGAUUUCCAACUCACCGCUUGCAAGAAACAUCCGCGUCAACUCCAAAUGCCGCGGUUUGUGCCUCCAAGAACAGUUGCCCAUUGGUUGCUGGAAAGUACUAUGUGAUCCCAAGAAGUUGGUGUCACCAAUGGCGCCGAUACAUCAAGACCGGAGACGUCUCAAUGCCCUUGCCACCAGAGGCUUCCAUGCUCUUGUGUGACGCCCACAAGUUUGCUCUCCUACCGCCUCACCUCGAGGCCUUUCUCCAUGGAGAGACCUCACAGCUCUUGUCGACUAUCAAGAAACAACCUUCGGAACAAGAUGACAAUGGUCCGUCCUACCUGGCAUCGGCCGCAUCCCGUUCCGCCAACUUUCACUGUUUGCCCAUUGGCGCAAGUCCUCCUGUAGUAGAUUCGGAAGCAAUGCAAGCUCUUCAAGCUGCUGGUAUGUCUCAUUCCGAAAUCAUUUCUCAGCAAAUGGCCUUUAUGCGCAUUCAAGGACAGGUUGCUCCACCAGCUCCACCUCGAUCACCAGCAGCCCCCAGAGCAAAUAGUACUGGCAAUACAAAUGCUGUCGCCAAUGACAACGACGACGACAAUAAUGAAUUUAACCAGAACGCAAGAUUGGAUCGCGAAAACCAUCUUGUCGUUGAGUUGGUCACGGAAGAAGAGUGGAUCGCCCUCAAGGAUACAGGAUGCUGGCCCAAGCAAGUAUCCAGCUUUGUCUUUUCCUUGACCGUUGCCGAGAACGGCUGCGUAUCCUAUUCCACCCAGCCCUGUCGGGAUUGCGACCCCACUGGAUCUCGUUUUACGCUACGAGCCGAAAUCAAGUACCGCCGGAAGCGGUGGGAACCCAAGAGCGUGGAGCAAAAGCGCAUCCCGAACAAAUUGAAUUACUGA